GUGAGUGUUUUUACAAACUUCAGUUUCCUGUAGUAAAAGUCUAACAGUGAGAUAAAGACGUGAACAUGUAUUUCUUAAGAUGUCGUACACUUAAAUGUCCAGUGGGUAAGACUUAGUGACCUCUAAUGGUGCGUCAGGGAACUGCAGUGGCCUUCACAUCCGUCUCCUCUCUGCGUCGCAAGCUUCUGCCUCAAACACCCAAACUUUUCUUCAGUUUUUGGGCGAUAAAUACUCCUAAAUGUUCUGUAACUUUAGUGACUCAGCUUAAGUCACAUCGAAUGAGGAAGGACAUAAAUGUGACCUAGUUGGUGAUUGAGUGUUUGCUUCUUCACAGUAUUUCCUGCAGAUGUUAUUCUAUACACGAUCUGCGUGUUUGUGUUGUGCUGUAAUUAUACGUUCCCAAGGUGAAAAACCUGAGGGAGAAAAGAGAAGAAGAAGUGCUGGAUUAGAUCUUGUUUUCCCUGCUCCUGCUCAGAUUACAUCUUUCAUUUUUUGUCUGGAUUCUGUUUUUAUUUGAGCCGAAUCCAAAGCCCUCGCGUGUGCCAACACCUCAUACUGUACACACACACACACACACACACACCUGCUUUUUCAUUGUCCCGCUGACAAAAACCUGAUUACUGACGGAUGUGUGCGUGUGUUUGUAGGUUAGUGAAAGAUCUGCUGCAGCAGUAGCGGCGGCGGUGGAUAAGAGGAUUAUCGUGGAAUUAGUGUCAGAUUGGUAUCGAUUUUAAUCAGAGAUUGAAAGAUGCACAGAAGUGCAGAUAAAACAUCCACAGACAGACGGACACACACACUGUGGACGCAGGCCAGGACGUGAAGGUUCCUGCAGCGGAACAUGGGUUUGUCUUCACUGUGUGGUUGAGGAAGCUUCGGCGUCUGCAGAGACCUGGACCUGGACUUGGACCUGGUCAUGAUGCCGCUGCUGCCGUGUCUGCUGUGGUGGAGUAAGAACCUGUGAAACAUGAACGUGGGCUUGCUGCUUCUGGCUCUGGCCGACCUCGUUGCCACGGCGACCGGAGGAGGACGCAGCUCUGGACGCAGGAAGCACAAGGAGGUUUUUCUGGAGGAGAACAGCAGGUUCAAGUUUGGAGGACGCAUUGACUACAAGCUGAAGAGACAGGACAGCACCAAAACACUGCUUAUAAAGAGUGAGCAGCUGCUGAGAAUCGAGGAGCACGACUUCGCCAUGAGACCAGGCUUCGGAGGCGCCGCCAUUCCUGUGGGCAUCGACGUGCAGGUGGAAAGCAUCGACAGCAUCUCUGAGGUCAACAUGGACUUCACCAUGACCCUCUACCUGCGUCACUACUGGAAAGACGAGCGGUUGGCGUUUCCGUCGCGCAACAACAAGAGCAGGACGUUUGACUCUCGCCUGGUGAAGAAGAUCUGGGUCCCCGAUGUCUUCUUCGUCCACUCCAAACGCUCCUUCAUCCACGACACCACCAUGGAGAACAUCAUGCUGCGGGUUUACCCCGACGGGAACAUCCUCUACAGCGUCAGGGUCACUGUUACAGCUCUCUGCUCGAUGGACUUCAGCAGCUUCCCACUGGACGCACAGAACUGCUCACUGGAGCUGGAGAGCUACGCCUACAAUGAGAACGACCUGAUGCUUUACUGGAAAAACGGGAACGACUCUCUGAGGACGGACGAGAUCGUCCUGUCUCAGUUCUUCAUUGAGCAUUUUCAGGCGUCCAGUGGCCUGGCUUUCUACAGCAGCACAGGUUGGUACAAUCGCCUGUUCAUUAACUUCAUCCUGCAGAGGCACAUCUUCUUCUUCAUGCUGCAGACGUACUUCCCCACCAUGCUGAUGGUCGUGCUGUCCUGGGUCUCCUUCUGGAUCGACAGGAGAGCCGUUCCCGCUCGAGUCUCUCUGGGAAUCACCACAGUUCUCACCAUGUCCACCAUCAUCACAGGAGUCUCCGCCUCCAUGCCGCAGGUGUCAUACGUGAAAGCCGUGGACAUUUACCUGUGGACCAGCUUCCUGUUUGUCUUCCUGUCCGUCAUUGAAUACGCAGCGGUGAACUACUGCACCACACUGGAGGAGAUGAGGAAGAUGAAGAGGGGAAAGAUCCCGUCCUCCUUCACUGCUAGCCAGGCGAUGGCGUUCGACGGCUGUUUCCACGACAACGACAUCGAGAUGACGCCGUUCCCGCACAUGGCGCCCACGCUGACCUCCGACCCUCUCACCACUCCGACUCAGAGCGCGGACGUUCGCCCCCCGAUGGCAGGAACUCGCCUGCGGAGGCAGCGGUCGGUGCGGGAAAACGUGGACCUGCUGGUCAACAACAGCUACAUGAUCGACUCGUACUCGCGCCUGGCGUUUCCUCUGUCCUACCUGCUCUUCAACGCCAUCUACUGGAGCCUGUACUCGUGAUGGAAACACAGAGUAUGUUGCUGCGUUCCAUUUACAUUGCAAGUCACAACUCGGAGUGACAUCACGUUCCAGUUGAAAAGUCAGAAAAAAUCUUAGACUAGCAAUCACUGACAAACAUCGUACAAACAUCAUGGAAACAAUAUAGAAACAUUGUACAAACAUCAUAGAAAUGACGUACAAACAUCGUACAAACAUCGCAGAUGGUUAAAAAUAAAAACAUUACAAUGUAUACAUUUGAUUUAUCGUUAAACAAAUAUGAUAAAAGUGCAAUUAACGGUAAAAGUAGCGGUGUUUUUUUUAGAUGGCAGUCAUCUUGGAAUCCCAUGUUGAGGUUGUUGACGUUUCUCAGAGUUUCCCAGAUAUUCCGAUUUCCGACUACAAAUGGAACACAACGUCAGUGAAUGAACGCUCACUCUCUGCCUCCUCUCCGUCACUCAUUGUCGUCACUCAUCGUCGUCUUUGUCUCAGAGAUUACGAUAAAAAAACAAAAACACUUGAGUCCUGGCAGGAAAACUGUGCAGUUUUACUCAGAAAUGAAUGUGUGUUUAUAUUAAACUAAUCUCUCUUUUCUGUGCAUCUUUUCACUCACAGUAACACUCUGAAGAUUCAUCUCCUCUGUGUUUGUUCGACUUACUCGAUGUUCAGUUUCUUAGCGACGGGGGAAAAACAAAACUGUGAACACGCUUGUGCAUUUUCCUGAUAAAUUAUGUGGUUUUAUUUAUUUCAUCAAUAAAAUAAUAAAGUAAAACUU